AGCUUCUCAGUGCUGCGCUCUAUCCCGCUGCGCCACCAGGGAGGGCCCUGUGGUUGCUUUUUACACACUUCGGGGAGACACUCUUGGCUCGCACUGAAUCGGGAACCGCACCCUGCGUUUGGGCAGUGCCAGGAACUCCGUCUAGCGCGGGGUAGGUGGCUGUUGAGCGAUAAAUGAAGGGUGCCGAGGGGCGUGCGUGGGCACCGUGUGUUCCCUGGACCCAGAGCCCAGUCUGGCGAGUUCCCUUGCUCCUCGAAGGUCAUGCAUGGAGUGUUUGUAGGAGACCUGGCGCUGUGACAGGUGUGAUGACUGCGGUGCCGAGACAGACUGGCAAGAUGCCGUUGCUGGUGCAGGUUUGAUUCUAGUGCAGGAAGGUGGAAAACGAAAAGGCAAAUAUGGCACGAAGCAGAACGUUUUGAGCCAGUGCAGUGAAGAAGGACAGUGUGAAGGAAGAGGGCAGGGAAGGGUUGCAGUGACUGUCAGGGAAGGCCUCGCUGAAAAGCUGGCUCUGGCCCCGGGCUUCCAUGGGCUGGGACUUCUCUUUUCCCUUUAAUUUUUACCUGUUAAAUUUUCUGGCUUAUUUUUCUGGGGGGUUAUAUUUAGCCAUUUGCAUCAUUGUGUGUUUAUUAAAGUACAAAAGUUUACCUCUUGUACUCAUGCUCACCAGCUCUCAGCAAAGGGAAGAUGAAGGAUAAAAGUUGAAAACCCUGUUGUCUCCAGACCUGGGAUGACCAGUAUCAGGAAGACCUGAUUUGUAGUCAUUCAGAUAGCAAUAAUAGACACAUUGGAUUACCCUUUACAUUUGUGCUAUGGUUUUAUUUUGUUUUCUCAUUUGAUUUUGUAACUACCUUUUUUCAGACAAGGAAACUGAGGCCCAGAGUGUUUAAGGCUCUUGACCAAGGAUGCAUGCGUAGUGUCAGAAUCACUAACCACAGUGUUAUGACAAUAAGUCCUAUAUUUUCCAUUGUAGCCGUUUACCUCUCUGCUUUUUUGUAGUUUAAAAUGUCUGAAGUGGUAUCAAAGGAAAAUUGCUAGAUAGUGAUUACUGACUCUAAAGUCUUAGGUAAAACCUUUCUGUGUUUGCUUAAAAUCCAACAGUUACGGUACUUAAAUGCUUAUUUCCGCCUACUGUGCUGGGUAAUUUAAAGAAGUGAUUAUGAAACCAGCACGAUUUAAUGUAGUAGGGAAGUAGAUGGAAGCCCAAGGCAGCCACCAAGAAGGUUUUCCUGACCCUCUCCCGCACACCACAUGAGCCCCCGCACUGUGGGGUCCUGGUGAGUGGAUGGGUGGCCGUGUUGAUCAGGUGGGUCUGUGCUCCGGUGAGUAUUGUGGUGAGCGUACAGGAUAAGGUGGACAUUCCUCACCAAACGUUUUGUAGCCUUGGGAAUAGACCUGAGGAGGAAAGAUCUUGAGUUUGGGUGUACACCGAAGAGCAUAAGAUGCUUGUGAAGGCAGCCAGUUAGAGAGGUCUGGUAGUUAAAUGCGCCAGUUGCAGUCUUGAGCAUAUCCAGGCCAUGCUCAUCAGCUCUCAGUGAUUUUUCUUAACUUCUUAAGAAAUGACUAUAGAAAGGGGCACAGAGAGGAACCCUGACAUUUACGAGAUAGAGGAGACUCCUGUGGAGAUGACCAGAGGCAAAAGGAACGCAGAGCAGUGACAGGACAGUGCGGCAUUCACAAAGGGGGACUUGGUACAAUGCUGCAGGGAACUUUACUUGGAUGACCCUUAAGCAACUAGGUAUCACCUUAAGUGAGCAGAUGUGCAGGGUGGGAUAUUCCCGGCAAAUAAAAAGAAAAUAAAUAAUGCACACAGUACAAUUAGCCAACUGGCUGAAAUAUAGGGUCAGGAGAACUGGAGAGAAAACCCACAGGUGGCCAUGCUGUGGAAAUGUUGGGCAUCGAGUAUGUUGUAUAACUCAGGAAACCGUGGUGUAUGUGCUAAGAAAAUGCUCUGGCGCUGGGGUACACUCCACUUUAUAGUGGGUGCAGGAUCUUGGCCCCUGAAAAGAACAAAAAUGCAAGAUAAUACCUGAGCACAACUACUAAACACUAAGAAUUUUAAGAGACAGUCAAUCUGAAUUAUGGUGGUAGUUGAGCUCAGGCUUCUUUUUUGAUUAAAUGUCAACGAGUUAUUAUCUUUUAAAAUAAAGGAGUUAGCUUGGGUGUUCUUUAUAUAAAAUGUUUUGUGGAUAUAACUCCCAAGUCCUUUUUUUUUUUUUUUUUUGGAAAGACUAAUACUGUAGUUGUUUUUACUUUGAUAGGGCAGGUGCUGUGAUGGGGUAGUUGCUAUGGUAAGUGCAUGUGUGAAAAUUGAAAAAACCUUGUGUGAAAGGGAGCACCGUUCCAAGAUUCUGAAAUAGUGCAUAUUUACACAGCCACUCGUGCAUGCACUUCCCCAAGAGUCACUUGACAAAUGGCUAUUGGGUAUCAGUUUUGUGCAGAGGCUCCCUGGCAUGGAGGUGUGGGCUACAUAGUGAAACAUUCCUGAAUUCAAGUUCCAGGAUUACCACUCUUCAACAGGAGGAAGAAUGUUGCAGUCUCACUUGCAUCAAUUUGUAUUUAGCUGUCCCCGUGCGCAGUGAGAGGAGGACUCUCGGGAUAUAGUCACAGCAAGGCUAGACACCUGGAGCCCUCAGUUACUUCUGAAUAAUCCAGCAUGUACACCAUAGAACCAGAAAAUGAACACUUAGAGGAUGAAAAUGCUCAGUCACCUACAAGUCAUCAGAUGGGCUCCCAGGUGAGAGAGUCAGGAAGUUCCCGUCCUCAAGCCUCACCUGCCACAGAGGCCCUCUAUGUCCCUCAGGACCGCCUAGAAGCCCGGACCUCUGGCCUCAGCCGUCAAGACCACCUGAAAGCCGGGCCCUCGGGCCUCAGCCAUCAGGACCGCCUGGAACCCCGGCCCUCGGGCCUCAGCCAUCAGGACCGCCUGGAACCCCGGCCCUCGGGCCUCAGCCAUCAGGACCGCCUGGAACCCCGGCCCUCCAGCCUCAGGGGUCAGGACCACCUGGAACCCCGGCCCUCCAGGUUCAAGGGUCAGGACCGCCUGGAACCCCUGCCUUCCAGCUUCAGGGGUCAGGACCACCUAGAACCCCCGCCCCCUGGCUUCAGCCCUCAAGAGCACCAGGAAAACAAACCACCGUUGAAAAAGAAGGAUCCUCGCUCGGAAAAGAAGCGUCGUCGCGUGGAAAAGAAGGGUCUUUGUCCUCCACGGGGGCCACUGAAUAACUUUAUUACAAAUGGAGUUAUACUUAUGAUGGGAUGGUGUAUGACCUGGUCACUUUUUGGACCCAUCGUUCUUCCUGGUGGAAGUUUAUUUGGAUUCUUUGUUGUCUUUUAUGGUGCCUUUAUUGGGGGGAAACUUUUGGAACUGAUUGCCAUACCUGCAGUACCUCCGCUUCCGCCUCUUCUUGGGAUGUUGCUGGCUGGUUUUACCAUUAGGAAUGCUCCAUUCCUCAGCAAAUUCGUCCUCAUUAAUAGUAAAUGGUCUUCAGCAUUAAGAAAUACUGCCCUUACCAUUAUCCUGAUACGAGCUGGACUUGGACUGGACCCAAAGGCUUUGAGGGAAAUGAAAGGCGUCUGCUUGCGAUUGUCCAUAGGCCCGUGCCUGAUGGAGGCCUGUACAACCGCUGUCAUUGCCCACUUCCUGAUGAACUUCCCCUGGCAAUGGGGGCUUCUGCUUGGUUUUGUAGUAGGUGCGGUCUCUCCUGCUAUUGUUGUUCCUUCCAUGCUACUCUUGCAAGAAAGAGGAUAUGGUAUUAAGAAAGGCAUUCCAACCGUACUGAUAGCCGCUAGCAGUGUGGACGACAUCGUGGCUAUCACUGGAUUCAAUACAUGCUACAGCAUAGUGUUCUCCUCAGGUGGUGUGCUUCGUAAUCUCUUACUCUCUCUUCGGGACAUACUUAUUGGUGUGCUGAUAGGAGCUGUUAUGGGAAUUUUUCUGCGAUAUUUUCCAAGUAGACAUCAGACAGACCUUGCAGUGAAGAGAGCCUUCCUGGUGCUAAGCAUGUGUGUUUCUGCCGUCCUGGGCAGCCAUCGCACCGGCCUGCAUGCCGCUGGGGGGCUCUGCACCCUGAUGCUGACCUUCUCUUCGGGGGUCAGCUGGUCCAAGGAAAAGGUUAAAGUCCAAACCAUUAUAGCAAAAACAUGGAAUGUUUUUCAGCCCCUUCUCUUUGGUUUGGUUGGUUGGGAAGUAUCUGUUGCAUCUCUUAGAAGUAAUGCUAUUGGCAUUUGUGCCGCUUCCAUAACCCUGGCGUUGUUGGUUCGAAUCUCUUUCACAUUUGCAAUUUCGUCUUUUGCUGGUUUUAAUUUUAAGGAGAAAAUAUUUAUUGCGUUAGCAUGGGUACCUAAAGCUACUGUCCAGGCUGUGUUGGGCCCUCUCGCUCUAGAGACGGCGAGAGCCAGCGCGCCCAACUUGGAGCUGUACUCGCAGCAUGUGAUGACAGUCGCCUUCCUCGCUAUCCUGAUCACGGCUCCCAACGGGGCUCUGUUCAUCGGCAUCCUGGGCCCCAAGCUGCUCACGCACCACGAUCCGAGCCUUGUCAAGACUGACUGGUCAGGGUCCACCUUUCAUUGAAAAGGUCAUUUGCAGGCACUGCCUGUUUCUUUUAAUGGAUUCUCUUACAUGAGAGAAAACUUAAAAGCCACAAAUAUGUGAAACCUGUAUAUAGAACCAAGAUUUAAUAAAUGUGUGAUUUC